CUUGGAUGCAUCUAACUGGAUCCUUAUGAAAUAUUCCUCUCUCAUGUAUUUAUUAAAUGAACCUUUGGAGAUUUUUCUCACUGAAUAAGCAGCCUGUUUCAUCUCCUUCAAUUUUUAUAUUCAGAUUUUUUAUUUUAUUUUCCAAUUUCUCUGUUGCUGUUUUGCAAAUCUGGAGAGUAAUUUUUGAUUGAGAUGUUCAGAUGUUCUAGUGGAUUUUAUGCCUACAACUGAUCUAAAUGUGCACGAUUUUAAGAAGAUGAAUGGCCGAGAUCCAGUCGUGUGCAAGAACAGCAAGUGAUAGAUGUGAAACUCCUUCAUUCUGUCACGGGCAUCAUGGGCUGUUCACGCAUCGGGUUGAUGCUGAUGUUGCUCAUCAGUGUCCCGGGCUCCACCAGCUCUUGUCCGCGGCCGUGCGCCUGUUACGUGCCCGCUGAAGUUCACUGCACCUUCCGCUCGCUGGUCGCAGUGCCCGCGGGCAUCUCCACACGAGUCCAGCGCAUUAAUCUCGGGUUUAACACUAUUAAUCACAUCACAGACGCUGCCUUCGUUGGCCUGAGAAAACUGGAGCUGCUCAUGAUGCACGGCAACAAUGUGCAUAAAAUCCCAGAUAGUGCCUUUCAGGAUCUGGUUUCCUUGCAGGUGUUAAAAAUGAGCUAUAAUAAAAUGCGAGUCAUCACUGGCCACACCUUCUCAGGUUUGAUGAGUCUUAUGAGGCUCCAUCUUGACCACAAUCACAUCGAGUUCAUCCACCCUGAUGCUUUUUGUGGUCUGACAUCACUGCGACUGCUUCAUCUUGAGGGAAACCACCUGCAGAAGCUCCAUCCUGCUACAUUCAGCACCUUCACCCUGUUACAGCGGUUUCCCAUGUCCACACUGAAGCACCUGUACCUGUCUGACAACUUCCUGAGCAAUCUGCCCAGAGACAUGCUGAAGAACAUGCCUCAGGUGGAGAACAUCUUCUUAUACGGGAACCCCUGGAGCUGUGACUGCUCAAUGAGCUGGAUACAGGACUGGAGAACACACCAUUCAGGUGUGAUGAAAUGUAAGAAGGACAGAACAUUUCUCAAUGGCCAACUAUGUCCACUGUGCACCUCUCCUAAACACCUUAAAGGAAAAGAUAUCUCCGAUGUUAAAGAAUUUAUCUGCUCAGGACCAGCUAUCAGAAUUACAGGAAAGGACAUCUCACAUGAGGAGAACAUCAGUGAACUUCUACCCACUGACAGGAUCAAACCACCAUUUGGAAAUAUAUCCCUAACUUUAUCCGAUGAGCAUGGGACUAAUGCAGACCUCAUCUGCCAAAUACUGGAACCAAGAGAGUACAGUAAAAUCAGCUGGAAUUACACCAAAUCCCUGGAGAUCGCUGCAAACAUAAGUCUUUUCUUUGACUUGGAAUGUCCUAUUGAUAGAGACAACUAUGAAAGCUUGUGGAGGCUUCUUGCAUACUACAGCGAAGUGCCUGUGCAUCUACGAAGGGAAAUCAUGUUAACCAAAGAGCCGCAGGUGAGUUACAGAUACAAGCAGGACAUUGAAAAGGAUGCCUUCUACUACACUGGAGUCCGAGCCAAUGUUUUAGCCCAACCAUCUUGGCUAAUGCAGUCUUUUAUGAACAUAAAGUUGAAUAGGCCCUAUUCCUCCUCUAAGAGUGUGAGGCUAAUUCUUAACACUCAUCUGUCAACCAGCACAAACCGGGAACUCAUAAGACGGCAGAGGAGAUCUUGGGUCAUGAUCCAACAAAACAAUAAAACCCAAACAACCUUCAGCUCUAUUAUGGGUGGUGUAAUUGAAAUGGACUGCAAGGUGCAAAGCUCUGGGAACGCGGCCAUUCGGUGGAUGUUGCCUGAUGGUUCAGAGAUUAAAGCUGCAUUCAGAACACCUGACAAUAGAGUAUCUGUCUCUAGCACUGGCACGCUUCACAUUAAAUCUGUCAACCACCGAGACUCUGGAGUUUAUUACUGCAUUGCAGAGGUUGAAGGAGAUACUGAUAUUCUGCCUUUCCGUCUUUCCGUUGUGGAGUCGUCCACCAUGCUUCCAGAUGAAAAGGUUGGAAGCACUUUGACCAGAUUUGUUGGCGAAUCUGCUUCCUUGCCUUGUCUUACUAUGGCAACACCAGAUGCGGUGGUUAAUUGGAUAUUUCCAGAUGGCCAUAUAGUGAAUGCAAAGGCAAACAUUUCCAGGGCCGUAGUCUAUUCCAAUGGGACUCUCUUCAUUCCUUAUAGCCAACUCAACAACAAUGGAUAUCACAAAUGUGUUGCCAUGAAUCAGCAUGGCGUGGAUGUAUUGGCGACUAAACUUACGGUCUUGAGAAGGAAACCAAUCCAGCCACUAAAACAGUUUCCCAUUAGACCACAAUCUGCUGCAGGUGUGUCCACUAAGGUAAAAGCCUUUUUGGAGGAAGUGGAAGAAGCUUCUGGAGAUGAUUCUAAUGCUCAAGACAGAAUACUACCAAACAGAAGCUUCAUUAACCAAAGGAAGGGUCCAAAUGCAAGAAAAAGAGAAAAAUAUUCAUUUGGCAAUGUCCGCCAUAGACGUCCUUUUAGGAAAGGCAUACACGGAGAGCAAAACCAAAGAAGUGUUAAUACAAAGAACAAAAUAAACCCCCAGAAAUGGGCAGAUAUUUUGGCCAAAAUCCGUGAGAAAACCGCUAACACAUCACGUCAUAUUGUCCAACAUUCUACACCGGUGAAUUUAGUGAAUCUAGGAUUGAUUGACAACACAGAGGGUGAAUCUCCAGAUGACACAAAUCCACAAGAAGAAUCAAACACUUUCGGCACUCCACACGAAAUGGGUCAUCAUGCUUACAACACUCCAACAGUUACACCACAGAUUGAGGAACAGAACCUUAAUGUCAACCAAACUGCUCCUUCAGAGUUAGACACUAGUUCAUACAAAGUGACUUACACCAGAUAUCCCACAGCUGCUUCAGAUUAUGUGAUCACAGAGAUAAAUGUUGCAGAAGGAAGGCAUGUGGGAACCAUAAGGCAACAUGAGCAGACAGAAAAUAACCAAGUAAACUUGGGGCCUGUCAUCAAAGUGGAGACAGAGAGUGUGAAAAAAGGCAAUAUCUCCAGAACGGGUGGUUUUGAUGCUGGAGAACUUGUUGUCAGCACUUCAUUUAUGAACACUUCAACUGGCAGCAUUAAGCAAGAAGCUCCAACUGCCUCAAUGCAAUUGAGAGCAAAAGAUCAAUGGAGCUCUAGAAGGCGAUUCGGAGGCAGACGGCGCAUAAAAUUAAGAAGGCCAUUCUCAAAGAUUACUACAAGAAGACCGUGGUCAACAUCUACUGUAACAGAAGUUCAUUUUCGUACUGUAUCUUUGACCACAGAACCUAAAACCCUAGCUGGAGACACACCGGUCUAUUUAACUACAAGAGCUUCUGCUCAGGAAUACCCCACAUCUCCAGAUGAAAGCACAUCUGUCUAUGUAAGUACUAGAGCUUCUGUUCACAUAUACCCCACAAUCCAGAGGACACUGACAGAUGGAAUGAAUGAGGAAAAUACCAUCCCCUUCCCUGAUGGAAAAAAUGGUUCAGACAUCCAUUCACUAAAGCCAAUUGGUUUCCUCAAAAUUCAGGAGACAACUAGCUCUAAAAGUCACUCUACAUCUCACCCCAUGAGAACUACAUUGGUAACAGUGUCUGGAGUUUUGACUCUGGGAUUAGAAAAUAAAGACACUACUUCUUUAGAAGAGAAAGAGGAUGAAGACAAUGCAUCUACAGAAGAAAUGGAUGAGAACUUGGUUCCUAUAAGUACAGAUCCAACACCUACACCUGGUGUUGAAACUGUCCCACUGACAACUGCCCGGCUGGAAUUUACAAGCUACCUUUCACCUGUGUUACGAACUGAUGCAACAGAGAUGAGCUCUACACUGAACCCAGAUGAUUCUCCAUUGGAUGUUUUCCAUUUAUCGGAAUCACACUUUGAGGAUGUUCUAAGAAAGAAUGAUACGUUAGAAAUAAGUAGUUCUAGAGAAAAUGUUACUUCUAAAGAAGAAUCUGUAGUCACUCCAGUGACACCACUGGUUGCCCCUCCAGAAGAUUAUGCAAUUUUAAAACCAAAUGAAAGCUUUAAAGAAGAAUUGGUUCGAAACCAAAUAUCAUUUUCAUCAACAACAAAGACAACUGUUGGGAUUAAAACAGACUCUUUGGCCACACGUUCACAUCCAAAUGAAUGCUUUAAAGAAGGAUUGGUUCAAAACCAAGUAUCUUUUCCCUCAACAACAGAGACACCCACAACAUCCAUUAUCUCUGUUGGGAAUCAAACAGAGUCUUUGGCCGCAAGUUCACAAACACCUUUUCUUGCUACUCACAAUGAAAACAAUGAGAUUUUCUUCUUGAAAUCAAAGUCAGUUUCUAAGGAAGACCAAAGGGAACGGUUAGUUCCAAAGCUUGAACAUUUUAUUGUUCCUGCAACAUUUACAGAUACUUCAACCACAAUUACAUCUGCAAUAACAACAACCAUAAUUCCUACUACAACCCAGUUGAUUAAAAUAACAACACCAUUUAUUGCACUACCCACAGCAACCACUACUACCACCCCAACACCUGCUAACCCAUUAACACUUGGCCUUCCCUUACCGGACAACAAAAUCCCAACUUACUCAAGAAAUCCUGAAACAAACUACAUAGAUGACAGACACAGUGGAAGAAUUCCCAGCACGAAUAUCAGGUAUCCUUAUUAUCACAGUAGAAAUCCUUCUGUAGUUUUUAGGCCCAAUAUUAUAAGAACAUCUUCUGUGACCACCUCAUCUGUGGGUUUAAGGUCUGUCAACGACAUCAAAUCAACUACAACACUGAAAAUAUUGACCACAACCAGCUCAAGCCCCACAACUACCUCAAGAACCACACAGCCAAACAACCAGAUUCAAAUCCAUGGGGAAUCCAUGAUCAGACAGUCAAGCAGAGUUCUUUUACCUCAACGACCCCAAACUCCAGCUGUCCUGCCAAUGAGACCCAGAAUUACUACUGCUAAACUCCACACUUUCACUGUGAAUGCUGGAACAGAUGUGCAACUGCCGUGUGAUUCAGUGGGGGAGCCCAAACCAUUCCUGACCUGGACUAAAGUUUCCACAGGAGCCAUCAUAUCAGCAAAUACCAGAAUCCAGCGGUUUGAAGUCCUGCCUAAUGGAACUUUUAUCAUCCACAAUGUCCAGCUUCAGGACCGCGGCCAGUAUAUGUGCAGCGCUCGAAAUCUAUACGGCAUUGAUAAGAUGAGCAUGACCCUGGUGGUCUCUGCCCACAUGCCCAGAAUGACACUUCCACGUCAUCAAGAUAUGACUGUUUAUCUCGGAAACAGUGCUCUUAUGGAAUGCCAGGCGCAGGGUCUCCCGACCCCAAACAUCAGCUGGGUGCUGCCCGACCACUCAGUGGUGCACUCUGUUAGCAGUACAGAGAGUAGGGUUAUGCUUCUGGUGAAUGGAACUCUUCAAAUCAAGCACACUAACUACCUGGACAGGGGCAUCUACAAAUGCAUAGCGAGCAAUGUUGCUGGGGCUGACAUGCUGUCAGUGAGGCUCCAAAUUUCAGCACUGCCUCCCAUGAUUCAGCAACAGCGCUGGGAAAACCACACGGUCCACGAUGGCGAGGCAGUGUACAUCCACUGUACUGCUGAGGGCGCUCCGAGUCCAGCUAUACGAUGGGUCAGCAUGAGUGGCGCACAAAUUCUUCCCUCACAGUUCCUCAAUGGCAACUUGUUUGUUUUUCCCAACGGGACACUGUAUAUCCGCAAUCCAACAGAAAAGGAUUCUAUGAAUUAUGAGUGUGUAGCUGUGAAUUCUGUGGGUGUGUCCAGAAGAACUGUGAGUUUACAAGUGAAAAGGAAUUCAUCACUGGCCAAAAUCACAUCCACCUCUAAACAGAGUACAGAUGUGAGCUACGGAGACCAGUUGAGUCUGAACUGCACUGCAAAUGGAAGCCCCAAUCCCAGGAUCAUCUGGAGGACACCAUCAAAAAAACUGAUUGAUGUACAUUACAGGUGGAACUCUCCAGAGCUUUAGUGAUCAUAAUAAUUAGCGUGGAUGGAAAGUUGAAAGAUACUGUGAUAAACGUACAUGCCAGCUCAGCUGGAAGAGCUUUUGGAGCAAUCAUUCCACUCAUGCUCUACAGAAAGUCCAUCAUCCACGACAAGCCCUUGUCUUCUGUAUCUGUAAGCUGAACGAUCAGAUACUUCCUUGAAUUGACAUUCAAACAGACUGUACGAAUUUGUAACAUUCAGGCGCUUGAUUCCGUACAGAUGUUGCUCAUGCAAACUUCAAAGCCCUCCUGCUUGGCAAUAAAAUCAAACCUACAGCAGAGCAAACCAUGAGAUGAACUUGUGUCUGGAUAUUAAUGGAACGCAAAAAGAGAAAUUUAGAAGAAUCAUCAUGCAGCUUCAUGACCAUGACGGUCAAGCUCC